CUUCUUGCCGGGCUGGUAGAGCGCCCCAGAGCAGCCUGUCCCUUUAAGCAGGAGUCUUCUCUUGGGUUUCAUUCUCCGCAUCAGUGGGCUCUGGUGGAGCCCGCAGCAAGAUGUAAACUUAACUGACAGCCAAGCAUCCCGGAACCCUCCACUCCCACCACAGGGGCCAUGCCCCACACGGAAUCCAGCCCUGAGGCCCGAGAGGAAUGAAAGGAGUCCCGGGUACUCUGGGGAGGACCAGGAGAUGCUGGCAAGCCUGGUGGAGCCCGUCCCCCUCGGAGGGGAAUAGAGAAGGCGGCGGGCUGGAGAGAGACCAUUCCCGGACAGGCAGCACCAGUCCUAGCUUUGCCAAAGCCCCAAGCAAGGGAAGAACCUGCUGGUUUGAAGAGCUUGCCCUGGGAUUUCGGAGGGUAGCAGCCUGCCCCAGCUGUCUAGCUGUGGGGUAAGUCAGCUCCCUCCCAUCCCCGCCCCGGACCCCCGCCCUCCACUUCUUCCCCCACCCCCCAAUCUACCAGCGUACCAUGAAGAAUUAUGAGGAUGUGUGACAGAGGUAUCCAGAUGUUGAUCACCACUGUGGGAGCUUUCGCUGCGUUUAGUUUAAUGACCAUUGCGGUGGGCACAGACUACUGGCUGUAUUCCCGAGGCGUAUGUAGGACUAAGUCUACAAGUGAUAACGAAACCAGUCGGAAGAACGAGGAAGUCAUGACCCAUUCAGGGCUUUGGAGGACCUGCUGCCUGGAAGGUGCUUUCCGAGGGGUAUGUAAGAAAAUUGACCAUUUUCCUGAAGAUGCAGACUAUGAACAAGAUACAGCUGAGUAUCUGCUGAGGGCUGUGAGAGCAUCCAGUGUCUUUCCUAUCCUCAGUGUGGGACUGCUAUUCUUUGGGGGCCUCUGUGUGGCAGCAAGUGAGUUCUACAAAAGCAGGCACAAUGUCAUUCUCAGUGCAGGCAUCUUUUUUGUAUCUGCAGGGUUAAGUAAUAUCAUCGGGAUUAUAGUUUAUAUCUCAGCAAAUGCUGGAGACCCUGGCCAAAGUGACUCCAAAAAAAGUUACUCCUACGGCUGGUCCUUUUAUUUCGGGGCCUUAUCUUUCAUCAUCGCAGAAAUUGUUGGUGUCAUCGCUGUGCACAUAUACAUUGAGAAGCACAGGCAGAUCCGUGCCAAGUCACAUUCCGAGCUGCUGAAGAAAUCCACCUUUGCCCGCCUCCCACCCUACAGGUACAGGUUCCGGAGGCGAUCCAGCUCCCGGUCCACAGAACCCUGUUCCCGAGACCUGUCCCCUAUCAGCAAAGGCUUCCACACCAUCCCUUCCACUGACAUCUCCAUGUUCACCCUCUCCCGGGAUCCCUCCAAGGUCACAAUGGGGACCCUCCUCAACUCCGAUCGAGACCAUACGUUUUUACAGCUCCACAACUCCAUUCCCAAAGAGUUCAAGGAGUCACUGCACAAUAACCCUGCCAACAGGCGCACCACACCUGUCUGAGUGGACCUUGGCCCUCUGCCCUCUGCCCAGUCUUUCCCAUGCCCAGUGCAGCCUUUGGGAGAAGUGUACAGAGGUGUCUGUCAGAUUGCAUGGCAUAGUCCCCGUGAUGGUAUUACCAGUGAAACCCUUGUUUAUAAAGAAUAAAACCAAAUGGGCCUCAGCCCUCCUUCCUUGCCCCCAGUCUUUCUUCCUCAGCCCUCCUUUCUGAGACAUUUUCUCUUUCUGAGGUCCCAGCCUGAAAGCCAAUCCUACAUGACCAAUCAGGUCUCUCAGUGCCAGAUGUUCCCUCCUCUUUCUUCAUUGGCUAGAAAGAUUUUGGCCUUCUCUCCUCCUCCAUCAGAAAGGACUUAGAGGAGUCCCAAAUGGAUUGGGUGAGGGCUCCACCAAUCAUGUGAAUAGGUGUAUAUCCCUAUCAUCCAUCCACACUGAGCCUCUGCAGAUCCAGGGACUGGGGAGUCCCAUCCUAGGGGGAAUCAUUAACCUGAUAGUUACAUGUUACAAGAAAUUGCCUAGAAAUCAAGAACGUCCAAGCACCGACACGGCUAAUGUCAUGAGCGCUUGUGUUAUUAAAAAUGUUGCCUUGUUGUAACCGA